AUCUCUUUCACCCUCCCGAGGGAAAAGGUACGAACAGAGAGGGAGUGAUAAAAAUCAAGGAGAGGAAACGGGGAUGGGCUUUCCAACCAGAAAGCCAUCCUCAACUGAAAGUUACUUCCUUUUUGUUUUUUCUGGAAGCAAAUCUUGAAAGUUCGAAAACUUUUAAGGUCUCCUUCUAAAUUUGCUGUGCUUAUUUUACACCAGACUCUCUCUCUCUCUCUCUCUCUAACAAGAAGAAGGCUUACCAAGAAGCAGAGGAGUGCGAAGCAGAGUAUUUAUGUCGUCUUGGUUUGAUCUGCUAUAUGGAGCACUGAAGCAGCUCCAGUUGUUCUAUUUUCAGUCUCUGUUAGUCCCAACUUUUGUCACACUCCUUUUGUUCUUCUCCUUUUGCAUGCAAUCUUGGUGCCAUAGUCAAACCGAAACACAGACUUCCCCGACCUUUUCCAUGCGAUUAAGAUCAAAACGGACUUGUUCUGGAGUAGAGUGCUUUUGUGCUUAUCUCAGAAAACAUUGUUGCUCUUUCACUUUGAGUUUGAAGGGUUCUAGAUUUGGGGUUCUCUUUAUAUCCAAGAUUGACAAAGAUAUAAUUUUUCCCGGAUUUUUAACUUACUUCCUCUGGGCUUUCAACCCACAAUGCCAGACCUCAAGAAUCAUUAUCUUAUUCUAGACAAUAACUAUCAGAAAUUGAGGAGAAAAAUAAAUGAAACAAACUUCAUGCCUAUGAAGAGAAUUCGUAUUACAUACCAUGAUCCUUAUGCUACCGAUUCUUCAAGCGAUGAUGAAGAAGAAUAUGAGUUUAAGAAAGACGAAUCAAUGGGUAUUAAGCGCUUUGUCAGGGAGAUUUCUCUUCCAGAUUUCCAAUAUGAUGAUUAUUCAUGUGCAGAGACUUCUCCACAAAACAAUUCCGAUGAAAGCAAGGGAAAAAUUAGCACUAGUACUAGGAUUAAUGCCAAGGUUUUCAAUGAUAAAAAGGUGCUAAGAUCGUCCUCUUUAUACAAGGGUGUUCGGCGCAGGAAGUAUGGGAAGUAUGUAGCAGAGAUUCGAGACCCGCUUCAACGCCGCCGGUUGUGGCUUGGUACUUAUGACACCGCCGAGGAGGCUGCUGUUGCUUAUCAGAUCAAGAGGGUUGAGAUUGAAAGAUUGCAAUUACUUGUGAAGAAUGAGAUGAAUUCAUUAUCAACUGAUCAUCCAUCACCAUCAUCUGUGCUUGAUGUCUCUGCUUCAGCUCUACUUGGUUGUGGAACUGAAAGUCCAAUCAAAGAGGAAGGCAAUGCAGAACCACUUCUGGAGGGAGAAGAAUCAGUUCUGGCUUUGUCAGAGGUGCCAGUAGUGCGGCCAUUAGAGAGUCCUCAAGAGUUAAAGUUGGGAUGUUAUUCAUAUGACUGCUCGCUCUUCGGGGAUGAUUUCAUCGGAGAUUUCAAUUGUAGGAAUGACAUGGAUUUCUAUCCAGAGUAUGAGGUUGAACAUGAUUUGGCAUGCGAUCUUCCUUAUCUUGAUAUUGAUUUUGCUAAGCAGGAUUUUUCUUGGAUUGAUGAAACCCUAAAUGUGGCAUGCCCUUAAGUUUUGCAAUUAGGAAGUAGUGUAAGAGUAUUUGUAUUGUAGGUACUCAUACUUGAAAGUUUAUAUCUAUCAUCUUCAAAAUAAUAACACAACAUCCUGUAGAGCUGUUGAGGCUUUAGCUAUUUUGUGGAGACUGGAUUACUAAAGCCAAAAGGUCUCCCAAAUUCCUGAAUGAGCAUCUAAAUUAGGUGUAUGUUUGAGUUUUCUCUGUUCCUGUAAAGGCCAUCAACUGAUUUUGAUUCUCAGCCACCGUUGUUCUAUAU